UAUGUAUGGUCUAUAGAGUACAAAGCUAGGAUAAAAAGGUUGAGAAAAACACAAGGAAAUAUUUUCUCAGGAUAUAGAGAAUCAACCCUUGUAUUUAAAAGUAAAACAAAAAAAUCCAGUACUUGGAAAUAUUAUGAUUAUGUAAACCUAACAAAUGCUUUUUGUUUAACAAAUAUAUUGUUCAAAAAUACAGGACGCUUAUUAAAAGUUACUUGGAUCUAGUAUUAAAUUUUUCAGGUUAUUGAACUGUGUGCUAGAAAAGUGAAGACUCCUGAGUGUACAUAUCUAACAUCAGUGAUGUUAAAUAAUAAGAUCACUGAGUGAAAGCAUUCGGCAUCCGGCAUCUGGUAUCCGGCAUCCGGCAUCCAGCACCCGGUAUGAAGAUGCUUGUACAUCUCUGCUGAGCUCCUGUCCACAUUCAUUGCAAUUGCUAUUGAAGAGUCAAGCUAUACGCACUCAGACCAUUUGAACAUAAUCCACAUAUGAACUAUGAUUAUGGCUACAUUGAGUUGAUAGAAAUCUUGAAAUCUUUUUGUUUACUUUGCAAUCUUUUCUGUUUGUGUCCUUUGAAAGAAUGGUCUUUCAAGGACUGAGUAUCAGAUAGGACAGAUUCCCUAUGCCAAACAAAAUGUUCUCCAUUCAUUACAGUAUACUAGUUUGGGGGGGGGGGUGUAGUUGUUCUUUUAACUUGUCAACUAAGUUGAAAAGUUAUGGGAAGUUAUAAUGGCAUAGAAUUACACAUAAGUUAAAUAGUACCAAGGCAAAUUUGCAGGAUGACAUGAAUCCAGAAGGAAUUGGAUAUAAUACACAAGAAUGGGACUUUCUCAGACCCAAUAUAUUUAGCAUGCAAAAUGAAAGGUCAUGUGUUUGAUGAGCACAAUUUCUUUGGGGAUUGAAAAUACAACAAUUGUCCUUUUACUCAGGAAUUUUUUGUUUUGUUUUGUUUUAAGAGAGAGGGUUUUUGUUGUUGUUGUUAACAGCCCCAGAUAUUGGGAAAUUUGCUUUAUAGACCAGACUGGCUUCAAACUCACAGAGAUCCUCCUGCCUCUGCCUCCCAGGUGCUGGGUUUAAAGGUGGGUACCACCACACCAAGCCUAUUCAAGAAUUCUUAAAUGGGGACAACACUACCAAUGACACCUUCAAAUUUAACAUGGUACUUUUGAGAGUUGUUCCUUCAAUAACACUUGUUGAACAGCAGUUCAAUACAGAUAACUUUGUAAGCAUCAAAACAAUCCAUUUAUUGCUGUAGUUUGGUGACAACCUUGCUUCAAUGAGCUUUGCCAGGAAGUAAAGCUGAGGAGGAAAAUGAACAUGAAUGAACAUUCUAAGGUUAUUAAUCUUGAUCAUGUUCGAAAUAAAAUGGAAUUCCCUCCAAAUCUCCCCAAUUCAAGACAAUGUGAAUUCAGAGUGACAAAUCACCAAGAUGGUCUGGUAAAGGAAAACCAAGUAGAAAGAGACUUCCUCAGGGAAGGAAAUCAAGUGUACAGAAAACACGUACCCCUGGAAAGCAAAGUAGGGCUUCUGAAUCUGAUGGCCACAGAAGAGAAGGCAUGUGAUGUGUGGGCUGACAGGAGGCCUUCUGAGGAGGAGAGUACAAACUGUUCUGUUGCUCUUAACAUAGCUCUUGACGAACUUGCAAAAGUUAGUGAAGAACUGUGUACCUUUCAAGAGGAAAUCCGAAAGCGUUCUAACCACAGAAGGAUGAAGUCUGAUUCUGUUCUCCAGGAAAUGCCAAAUGAAAUCAGUGUACCUCAUGGGAACCACUUGAUCAGUAAUGGCCAGGGCAUCCUUCCAACCAAUAGGGAGAAAGAAAAACAGAAAAAGAAUCUGAGCUGUGCCAAUGGACUCCAAAACAAUUCUAUGAAAAACUGUGGAAUUGGUUUAAUUGACUUACAAAGAAGUGAAACUCCUCCAGUUCCUCCUCCAAGAAGUACCUCUCGAAAUUUCCCCAGUUUAUAUUCUGAACAAGCCCAAGAAAGACUGAAGGAAAGUUUAUAUCACAGGUGGGUGGCCCAUGAGAGUCAAAACAAAACUAACUGCAAUUCUUAUCUCCUUCUGAGGCAGUCUCCACUGUUUCCACAAGAAGAGAAAAAUUUGAAAGAUAGUACCAUGGUUUCCUCUUUGACACCAGAAGUCAAAAUAGAUAGCAAGCCUCCAGGUAAUGAAGAGAUUGGACUUAAUAUGUGGUUAUGUGACUCUCUAUCAGGUACAAAGGAGAGCCCUUCUGUGCAGUCCCAAAAAACUGGUUUUCCACCCAAUAAAGCAAAAUUUGAAAAGGUGAUUCCAGAUAAUCCUAAUAAAUCUCAGCUUGAUCUUUAUGUGAAAAAUGACUUUCUUCCCUCAGUGACACAGAGAGAUCCACCUAGAAGUUACAGCUGCAGUUAUGAACAGACUCCAAGGAAUGAAAGGCUGGCAGCAAAGAUUGAUGAAUUUAACAGAACUGUCUUCAGAACGGACAGAAAUUGUCAAGCAAUACAGCAGAGUCACAAUGAUUCAAAAUCACCUGAUGAUCUCAACCUUCUUGAUAGCUCUCUUGCUCAUAGAGGUGACAUGCCAGAACAUGACGGUGGGACUAGUAGUUUGGAAGUUAGUGACCUCACACCUGGACCCAUAGAAAAUGUGUUCAGUAAUUCCGCAAAAGUCUCUGCAACUGGCCCUGUCAAACAAAUACAGGCAUGUACGAGUCCCAGCAGCUAUCAGCUCAUGUUCCAUGAGCAUGAUUGGAGACCAAGCAAUUUUUCUAGCCGGCCGAGGUCAGCUGAUCCCAGAUCAAAUUACGGUGUUGUGGAAAAGCUGCUGAAAACCUUUGAGACAGAGACAAGGCCUGCGCAGCAAAAUUCAAGAUGUUUCAGAGAUAACUGGACCAAAGGUGGUUCUGAUGAAUCCAUAGCAGUGAAAGCCUCGAAUGGAAAAGGAUUUUCCCGACCUGCCAGACCAGCUAAUCGCCGACUCCCAUCCAGAUGGGCAUCCAGAUCGCCAUCCGCACCCCCAGCCUUACGGAGGACUGCCUACAGCUAUAAAGUCUCUCUGCAAACCGAAGCCCAGAUGGUCUAGAUCUAGCCUGGAUUGCUGGAUUAUACAAGUUCUCAUCCCUUUUGCCAAACUGAAUAUUCAGAGUGUUUACAAACAAUCCUGUUCUCUUCUGCAACUUUCAAGAUCACUGGGACAAGCAAUCUAACCCUAACUUUCCAUCGGUCUUCAGUGUUUUUAAUCUGUGGGAUAAUUAUCUCCUUGUACUUUAAUUUCUUAGGUUAAAUUUUUUUAUUGCCAUCCUCAUUGACUUUCCAAAAUGAUUUAAGUUGAAACAAUGUACAAUAUUGUAUAGUCUAACUUUCUUGCAAAUGCAGAAAACAAGAUUCUGUGCAUGGCCAUGUGUUUGUAGGUGCAUGUAUUGUCAUAGGAAUGUAUUUAGGUAAAAAAUUAUGUGCUAGUGUUGACCUUAAAUUAUAACAUGUAGACCUAUAUAUUCUUUGUGUUUAUUUUAAAGUUUUGAAAAUAUACAAUCCUAUUUAUAUUUUGCAUACCUUUUAAUAGGUAUAUACCUAAGGCAUUUGACAUUCAUAUAUUAUUUAAACACUUCCUUGGCCACUAACUACAUUGAAAAAUGAGAAUUAUACAUGAACCAAACGUUAGAAGUUUUCCAGAAAUCAAUUUUAAACAGCAUCUUAACCCAUACGGAGGUAACUGAUACUAUUGAUUUCUUGUUUAAAUGAAAACAUCACUAGUAUAACAUAUCAGUCUUCUAAAACAGGUAUAAGAUGCUCAUCCGUGUUUUUGUAUAUCAUCUGGUAGUCUCACUUGGCUUUAACUGUAUACUUGAUUCUUGGAGCCAGUAUCAUAAGACUGCCUUAAUAAUAACAGGACAAAAUAUUGAAUUUCUUUUGUUGAUUUCAAUAACAAACCUUCCUUAAAUGAGAUGCAGAAAAGGAAUUAAAUUGUGCUGAAUUUUACCUUUUGUUAAAAUUGUGGUAAGUUUUUAAGUUUAGAUACUUUAUUUGGAGUUCUUUCUCUGUGGAGGUAAGUCACUUGUUUUGAUUUUUCCUUUUUCUAAGUUUUUCCCAAUAAUUAGAAGAUAAAAGACUAAUUCCCAUUUUUUAUAAGGAGGAUGACCAGGAACAACCUUUCAUUGAUAGCUAAACUAUAUUGCAUUUCUUAUCCUGUGUAAAAAGGCCUUAAACUAAAUUUGGGCAUUGGUGGUCAAUUUGACCACCAAUAUAUAUCACGGCUACAAUUUGCUCACACCAGAUGUAUGAAAUCUAUAUUGAUAAGUGGCAUAGGAGAAGUAGGAAAGUUGAGAUCCGCAGAAUCUCACAUGGCCGAUCUUAAAACAACUUUGUUGUAAAUUGUUCUCAUUUAAGAGCAAUUGUGUUACAUGGUUAGUAUUAAUCUACUUCACCCAAAAAGAAAUUGUCAUGCCUAGCAAAUUCAGUGGGCUUUCUCCUUAUGAUACUGUAGCCACUAAAAGGAAUCCACCUUAUAAUUCCAUUCCCUGAAGUAAAAUAAGUAAUUUGUAAAUCACAGAUUGCCUUAAAAGGCUUGAGACUGUGGCGUGGUGAUGGCUAGAUUUGUGGUUUACAGUAAAAGGUUUCCAGGGCUUAAGUGGAAUUAAGUGUCUAGAGUGUGAGUUUGGCACACGUAGUGAAGGUUAUAGAUCCACUCUCCCACUCUUAAAGGACUUUUUCCUACCACGGGAGAGCAGCCAAGAAAUUGGGUGUUAAUUGCUCUAUACUUUAAACCCUAGAGAAGAGAAAACCCUGGAAAAAUGGUUCCUUGGGUUGAAAUGAUAAGCUAAAGCUAUUGUCUGUUUCCCUGCACCCCUGUGUCCCAGGCAGCACCUCUGUGUCCCAGGCAGCACCUCUGUGUCCCAGGCAGCACCCUUGUAUACCAGGCAGCACCCCUGUA